UUCAAGUAACACAACAAAGAGCUUUUUCUUGAGAGAGAAUGAAGAGCACUCUCUUUCACCUCCUGUUUUUGAUCCUUUUAGGACUCUCUCAUUUUGCAUGCCUUCAAGCAGUCCCUAUUACAAGAACUGAAAGCCUUACACAAGAUCCUAAAGUUCUUGAUCUUGCUGGGGGCAAUAUCCACAACCACAAGGUAGAGGCAACUAUUGAUGAGAGGAUGGACAUUGAACUCCAUGACUACCCUCCAUCUGGGGCUAAUGGUCGUCACACACCAAAACCACCAUAUCCAUAGUACGUGAACAAAUGUCGCGUGUUAUCAUCUUAUAAUGUCGAAGAGGUUAUAAGUAACAUACUGUUUAUGAUUAUUAUGUCUAUGUACACAUGAAAAGUCGAUUUCAGAAGCACUUAUGUGUAUGAUGUGAAAGAGAAAAGUAUUAAGUAGGAUUAAUGUGAAAGCUUAGGUUUUUUUUGCGUUUGUUAUAUUAAAGUGAUUCUUAUUAAUUUAUCGAUGUAAACUAAAAACACUGAUACAGUUGUCGGUGUGAAAGAGCAAUUUGUGAAUUAAAAAUGUCUGGAGUUACAAA